AUGUUUACCAAUACAGUGACCUUUAGACAAACUUUGUACAAAUAUAGUAUUAGGCACAAGUUUUCAUACAAGUUUAAGAAGAACAAUACGAAAAAGGUCAUUGCUAAGUGCAAGGUUGAGGGAUGUCCAUGGAAUAUUACAGCAUAUUUAAUAGGAAAGCAUAGUGACUUUUUGAGGGUAACAAGAUUCAAUGGCGAGCACAUCCACAAUGCACAGGACAAGCUUAUUGUUUCAUACUGGACAAGAGCAAAUUCAACUUCACCGAUCAUUGCUGAUACUUUGAGGUCUACUAUAGACAAGAGUAUGAAUGAAAUUAGAAGAGACUUGUAUAGAGAGUAUGAUGUGCGAUUGACAUACGGUCAAGCAUAUAGGGAAAGAGGAAAAGCAUUGCAAGAUAUACAUGGUUGUCGACACAUACUUUAUAUAGAUGGAUGCUUUCUAAACGGUCUAUACAAGGAAACAUUGUUAGCAACUUCUACUUAUGACGUGGACAAUGACCUAUUUCUGCUAGCAUAUGCUAUUGUGAGUGGGGAAAUAGUUGAAGAUUGGUCUUGGUUUCUUAGAAAUUUCAAAGAUAUCACAAGAUCAAUUGAAAUAACAUUAGGUUUUGAUAGGCAUAAUGCCAUUAUUGGGGCUGUGCAAGCUAUUUUUGGUGGCGAGAGACAUGCAUAUUGCUACCGUCAUGUGAAGGAAAAUUUUAGUGCUAAGUAUGUAAAAAUCAAUAGAGGUCAAAGGAGGACAUCAGGGAAUAGUAAGGAGGCUGCACUAAAAUUGCUUGAUGCAGUUGCUUAUCCUAGGCAUGAGGAAGAAUUUAAUAUUGCUAUGAGGAACCUUAGAUUGUUCAAUCCACAAUUGGCACAAUAG